GCCCCGGGGGCGGCGGGGGGCAGGGCACCGCUGCGGCGAGGCCAGGGCGGGCGGACUGGGGGCUUCCCGCUCCGGGCGUCAUCGCACGGUGUACGAUCUGAGAAGGCCUUUCGGCCUUCGGCCCCGCUCGCCUUCCCCUCGGCCCGGGCCGCUCCUUCCCGAGCAGGGAGACGCACAGCCGCGUGAGGAGAUCGGCAGCUCGCUGCGCAGCGCGGCCGCCUCUUGUCUCCUGUGCGGUGCUGAGUCUGGUGCGGGACUGCUAACAAGGUCUGGUGGUGUGGUCUUCAGAGCCAGCAGCAGCAAAAGUGGACGGCAGCGAGGUUAGCUCGAGAUUAAUCGUGGGUUUGUCCUCUCCAUACUCCCUGUGAGCAGUCAUCCUAAAAUGCAGGCUUCGGGCAGCCUCCUUCCUCCUGUGCUUGGGAGCUGUGAUGCAGCCAGUUCCCAAGAGCUGCAGAAGCUUCUGGCUGAUGAGAAAAUGCGAUGUGAUCUCCAUAAAGCCAACUACCAGACUCUGAAGGCAGAGCUUCUAAGCUUGCAGGAGGAGUAUAGAAGAUCCCAGGAUGAAGUGGAGAGGCUGGCGGCUGAGAGGCAAACUGAACGUGACAGCUUCCAGUUACUCCUUGCUGACUGCCAAGAGCAAUUGCUGGGUAAAACACAAGAGGUGGAAAAGCUGAAGAUGCAGGUGCUAACCCCUCAGAAAUUAGAGCUGUUAAAAGCACAAAUCCAGCAGGAACUGGAAUCUCCUAUGGCAGAACGUUAUCGGAAGCUAGAAAAUGAAGUGGAAAGAUACAGGACAGAGUAUAACAAACUCCGUUAUGAGCAUGCCUUUCUGAAGUCAGAGUUUGCACAUCAGAGCGAAGCACAUGCACGGGUUUUGGAAGAGAAGAAGAUAAAGCACGAGGCUGAGAUUGCAAGGCUGGAUAAAGAUAAAGAGGAGCUCCGUCAUCAGCUGCUCAGCGUUGAUCCCACGAGGGACAGCAAGCGUGUGGAGGCUCUCUCUAGAGAAAAGGCACAGCUCUGUCAGAAACUGAAAGGCUUGGAAGCAGAAGUAGCAGAACUAAGAGCAGAAAGGGACAACUGUGGGGCUCAAGCUGAAAGUGUUCAGCGAGUGCAAGUCCGACAGCUGGCUGAGGUGCAGGCUGUGGUCAGGUCUCUAGAGGCAGAGAAGAGGUCUGCAGAGCUGCAGAUUGAUCGGCUCGAGAAAGAGCUGCAGACAAGUCACGAGCAGAACAUUCUCCUAACAAGCAGACUUCACAAGUCCGAGCGGGAAGUCAACUCCUUAGCUGCCAAAGUAGAAGAACUGAAACAUUCACAUAAAUUGGAAGUAACAAAUGUCAAACUGGAGGCAGCAAGAACAAAGAGCGAGGUAGAAAGAGAGAGAAACAAGAUUCAAAGUGAAAUGGAUGGGCUGCUGUCAGACGCGGCCGUCCUGAAGGCAGCAGUGGAACGCCACAAGGUGCUUCUAGUAGAGAAGGAUCGGGAGCUGGUUCGCAAAGUGCAGGCUGCCAAGGAGGAAGUUUUUGGGCAGAUUGCAGCCUUGCAGGAGGAGAAGUUGGAAGUGGAGAGCAGAUUGGCUGAUCUAGAGAAGAUGAGGCUGGAGCAGGACAGCUGGAGACAGUCUGAAAAGGAGCAGUAUGAAGAGAAGCUACGGGCUGUGCAGGUGGCAGAGGAAUCCAGCAGAAAGGAGCUGCAGCGCCUGCGAUCCAAAAUUCAACAACAAGCUCUACAGACAGAGGAGUUGGAGAAAAAGAAGUGUGAAAAUGCUGACCUGAAGCAGCAAAUCGACGAGCUGCAGCUCCAGCUUGCCUCGCUGUCUCAGGCGAAGAACGAUUUGCUGGUGUCCAAUCAGAAGCUGAAGGAAACAAUAGAGAGGCUAAAACAGGAAUGUCAGCAUGCAAGGACUCAGGCAGAAAAAGCUCAACUGCAAACAGAGAAGACUCUGGAGCACCAGCGCCUGGAGUGGCUGCAGGAGAAGCACCUGCUGGCACAGCGCCUGGCAGAGCAGGAGGAGAGGUACAGCCAAGCCAAGAGCAAGCUGUGCCGAGCUGCCCUUGCUCAGAAAAAGAGGAAGACUCUCAACGACAACAAACACAGGAGGAUGCGGGAGAAGCUGGACCUGUUGGAAGCCAAGAUAGAAGAACUAGAAAAAGAAAACCAGGUGCUAAAUAGGCAGAACGUUCCCUUCGAGGAGCACAGGCGGCUGCAGAAGCGGCUGAAGGAGCUGCGCCGCCGGCACGACGACUUCCGCAGCCUCAUCCUCAACCCCAGCCUGGCGCCGCCCGGCGCGCUCCCUGGCACGCCCGCCUCUGCCCUGCCUCCUGGGCCUGCUCUCUCCUUCCCCCUUCUGCAGGAGGAACAACAUCAGAGAGAACUUUCCCUGCUCCGCAGGCGGCUGGAGGAGCUUGAAACCACACAGAGAAAGCAGUUGGAAGACCUAGGGCCAGCUAGAGAGACACCAACAUUGGGCACCUGCAACGACUUGGCUGGAAAUCAGGUCAGCAGAGAAGGUGAUUCAUGAAGUGAGGACUCCAAAUGACAUCUGCCAGCUCUCUGCUGUUGGCUUUCAGUGGUUAUCCUCCCACAGGGUGGCCAAAGCCAUGCCCACAUGUACCUGAGUAGCAUAAACUGUCUGCUGCAGCUGGUGUUCAGCUUUGCUAGCCUGGCAGAGAGGAUCAGAUCUGAUGAUUCAGAACAAGCCCUUGGAAGCCUAACUGCAUCUGUAAAGGGGUUUGUACUAAUGAAGUACCACUAUUUGGGAGUCAGGCAUGCACUGGUUCACCUCCUCACAGAUAUUUAUCAAGGUUGGGUUGUGCUGAUAUUUGACAUAAAAAUGGGGUUUAAAAGCUUUGAAAACUUCCUUUGGGAUCACUGAUCCCCAGAGGUGCCUCCCCAGCCCUGCCCCUCGCUGACAGCUUCUUCCUCCUUCAGUGCAGAAGUGUCUGUGUCACUGUGGAGGUUUGCUGAGCUGGGUUGUUAACACUGGACAGUCCAAUACAGACAGGGAGGAUGGACACAGUGCUGAGAGCUUUCCUGUGCUGCCCCUGGCAGUGUGCCUCUUGUGCUGGCACUCAGCAAGAAUCAGGUUCUCUAACAGCAUGAGGGCAAGAGAGUGCCUUCACCUGCUGGCACUGGGCAGCUGUUUGCUGCUGCUGUUUAAGUAAUAAUAAAGUGAUUUAUUCAGAGCACUAUAUAAUGAAAAUCCCUCCCCCCUUCCUCCAACACUCAGUGUCUGAUGGAGCUGCAGAGGAAGUCCUCAGCUCACACCAGGCACUGUCUGAUGGAGCUGCAGAGGAAGUCCUCAGCUCACACCAGGCACUGUCUGAUGGAGCUGCAGAGGAAGUCCUCAGCUCACACCAGGCACUGUCUGAUGGAGCUGCAGGGCAACUCCUCAGCUCAUACCAGGCAGUGUCUGAUGGAGCUGCAGGGCAGCUCCUCAGCUCACACCAGGCAGGAGCUGCAGUGGAACUCAGCUCACAGCAGCUGGUGUCUUACAGGACCUGGGCACUGCUCCUUCAGGCUGUGCCUGCCUUCUGUCCAGCAUUUCAACGCCCACAAGUGAGUGACCCUCCAAAGGCAUUUUAUUCUAGAGGAACCCAUACAAACACCAACAUGGCUUUGCCAUUUGCACUUUUUUAAACCAUUCAUUUUAAACAACAGGUUAACUUCUGUACAACAGGAAUUACUUCACACAUUAGUAAGAGUUGACUUUUACCCUAGAUGACUGCAAACUAAUGCUCUGGAAGCUAGUGUUAGAAAAGCUGCUCUUUGCCAUAGCAGUUUGCCUGUAAACAUGUGGAACUCAGUGAAAGGGGAGUUUGCUUUCACUGCAGGGAAUGCUGUUGGAACUGUUGGGUUGCCAUACUACAGCUUUACUCAGAGGUGGUUCUCUGUUCUGUCCAUGUAGCAGAAAGGGUGAGUUGCAGGGGUGGAGGUGUGCCGAUGGUUUGUGUGCUGACCCAAACCUACCAAACAGCCACGAGCACUUCAUUAGACUUCACAUCACUUGGUGAGAUCCACUCUGAUGGGUUACAAAGGUCCCAGCAUGACUGGUAAAUGGUUUACUAACAGUGACAGUGUUGAGGAGGCUGGAAGAAGAGGCAAGACUCCUAGUGCAGGCCUGGGCUGGAGCCACAGGGCCUGCUGCAACACAUACUUCAUCUCUAGAAAUCAUUAAAGCUAUUGUAGCCAACAAGCAGUAGUACAAAUACAGAA